GUCGCGACCGCGCUGUUGACAUCUGGACGAGGGAGCAUUGAACACAUGAGGAGCAAAGCACUCGCGACACUAGGCGAUCAUCCAUCUUCACAUCAAAGGUCUGACAACCACAAGGCAAAGGCAGGGGCAAUCAAAGAGAGCCUCUCGAAAGACUCCCUUCGCAUUGCUCUGACCCCAAGAGUGCUGGAGAUGGGCUGUUGAACAGCCGCACACCGCACCCGCAAUGCAACAACGUCGGGACGAGAUUCUUGCGAAGAAGGCCAAGCUCGCAGAGCUCAAGCGCCAGAGAGAGCUUCGCGCCACUCAGAAUGGACCAGGCCGCCCCAGUUUCAGCGGCAGCGAUUUGAUCUCUCCCGCGCCUGCCCGAGCCGACAAUCGCCGAGAGAUCGAGUCCCUGAUCAACAGUCUAGUUGGUGAGAGCCGGCCCGGGUCUGUCACGACAGGCGGCGCUGCAUCGCCAGCACACCGUGGAAGCCGCCCAAACAGUGUCCUCAGUGCCGGGGAGACCAGUAAUGGGGCCAUCUCCGAGUUCACGUCACCGCCAGGCAUCGAGAUCCCAGCACAGACCGUAUAUAGCCAGCCGCAGACCCUGAGCACGGUGCCCCUGACGACAAUAUAUGAGUGCCCACCGUCGCCCAUCAAGGAGAUAUUCUCCUACAGCAAAGGCGUGCAGACGUCCGAGGACCUGUUCCCGGCAGCGGCUCGACCCCGUGCAUUCUCGCUCGAAUCCUUGCCCGAGGAUGCGUCGUCGACACCCAACAAGCGCAUGAGCAGGAGGGAGCGAGACAGGGAGGAGGAGCUCCGGCAAAAGCUCCGGAGGGAGAUAGAAGAGGAGCUCCAGGCGGCGAAGGACCUGACAGCCGAGGGCGAUGUCAAGAAAGCGGCCCUGCCGGACUCUAGCUUCGCCACCAGGACACUGACAAACGACGAGCUGAACGCCAUUGUCUCGUCGGACGAGUUUGUGGACUUUUUCGACCGAUCACUAAAGGUCAUCGAAAAGACCCUGGACCAGUAUGACGUCUUGACAGACUACACGCUGGGAGCGCAGGACAUCGAGGACGAGGACGAACAAGGCAAUGUUGGGGGCAAGGGCCGCCGCAAGGUCAAGGAGAUCCGGCAAUUCUACGAUGAACGGUGGUCCAAGAAGCGCAUGGUCAGCGCCAUAGACUUUUCUCCAAAGUUUCAGGAGUUGGUCCUGGCAUCCUACACAAAGAACCCUUCAGCACCGCAUGAGCCCGAUGGGGUUGUUCAGGUCUGGAACCUGAACCUGCACGACCGACCCGAGUUUGUGUUCCACGCCCAGUCCGACAUCCUGACCGCCAAAUUCUCACCUUUCCACCCCAACCUCAUCGUGGGCGGGGCAUAUAGCGGACAAGUCCUCCUCUGGGACACGAGAGCGCGAUCUGCGCCCGUCCAGAAGACCCCGCUCACCGGCUAUGGUCACACGCAUCCAGUCUACGCUGUUGAUAUAAUUGGCACACAAAACGCCAACAACAUCAUAUCGUGCUCGACCGAUGGUACGGUGUGCGGCUGGGCGGUCGACAUGCUGGCACAGCCUGCAGAGACCCUCAACCUACAAGCGCCGAACCCCAACAAGAAUGACUACAUCAGCCCUCUCUGUCUCUCCUUCCCACAGGCCGACCCGACCUUCUUCUUGGUUGGGACGGAGGAAGGAACCAUCUUUCCGUGCCAUAGAUACGACCGCGCGGGGGCCAAGGCUGGUGUCGAUCCGAGGGUCAGCUACAAGGGCCACGCCGCGCCGGUCAUGUCCCUCGAUUUCCACCCGGCCAGGGGUCCGGUCGACCUCGGCGACCUAGUAAUCUCCAGCAGUCUAGACUGGAGCGUAAAGCUCUGGAAGGUGCGGGCACCGGCCACUACGUCUGGCAUCGGUGGCGCGGGUGGUGGGGGUGAGGGCGCGGUCUCCCACCUGAUGGACUUUGUCCGUGAGGACGUGGUCUACGAUGCCGCCUGGUCACCCAUAAAACCGGGGGUCUUCUCGCUCGUCGAUGGCGCGGGCUGGGUCGAGCUGUGGGACAUCACCGUCGAGACGGAGGAGCCGGUGGCGAGGAUCAGCCCCAGCUCGAGGAAGGAUAGCCGGGCCAUGUUGUCCAAGAGCCUGAACAAGGUGAAAUGGGAACAGCAGGAGGGCAAACGGUUGGCUGUUGGGGGUAUCGAUGGCGCCUUGACGGUGUUUGAGGUUGGCCCAGACUUGGGCGGCAAGGAAAACCUCAAGAACGAGGAGUGGACCAACGUCAAGAAACUAGUGAACAGGGUUGAGGCGGUUGGUGUGAACGGCGCGACGGAAAUGUAGGGGUGUUCAAAGGGAAAGGGAUCAUAGCUGAUCGCAUGCUCUAGUCGAAAUGCGCCUGCUUUGGACACAGGGCUCGAGUUGAGGGGGUGCUUCUGGCGUCAUGAACUUUAUGAAUAUACCCCAACCACAACGAAGAUGUUCUCAAAGUUAGCGAGACACAUAUUCUUCAUUUCGAGGUACACCGUACUCGUGUACACGCUACGGCAUCUGACCGUCCUCCCGC